CCAUUUAAAUAGAGGUACAUAGAUAGUCAACGCUAAACGUCCUCUGGACCGUUCAUUUACCACUUGUCAUAAAUAUCACAAACCUCCUGCCUUCGUGUUCAGAAAUGCUUCAUGCAUACACAUGACACACUCUCAUCGAUUUCUUAACGACACCGUGCACCCCACUUUAAUGUAUAUUACGGACGAGCCAAAAUCCACCACAAAAUUGAAAAAAGCAGGCUCUCGCUAUCAUCUUACAAAAAGUUUGACUCACCUAUAAGCGAUAAUGCUACCAACGCCAGAUACAUCACACGUGGCUUACGAGCGAGUCUACGAACCAGCCGAGGAUUCCUUCCUGUUUCUCGACACGCUCUCGUCAGCAUCCGAGACGGCAUUCCUACAAACCCGUUUCCAUGGCUCAGCGACAUCUAGUCCUCCCCCCUUGGUGGUAGAGAUAGGCCCAGGCUCAGGUGUCGUGAUAGCUUUCAUAACGGCCCACGCGUCAACGCUCUUUGGAACCCGCCACAUAGUGACAGGUGCGGUGGACAUGAACGCACAUGCCUGCAUAGCAACAACAGAGACAGUCCGUAAGGCCGUGUCCUCAAGCCCCAGCACAGCGGGCAUGGAAUUCCUGGGUGCCGCACAGGGGGAUCUUGUGGGCCCGCUGCGCGAUCACAGCGUCGACGUGCUGGUUUUCAACCCCCCCUAUGUGCCGACGCCUGAAAUGCCUUCUUGGGAGGGCCCACGGGAUGACCGAGGGAAAGAUAGCAGAAGAAUGGACACUGCGGGAUCUUCAUUCGAGGAAGACUCAUAUUUACUGGCGCUCUCAUACGCUGGCGGGCGAGACGGCAUGGAGACCACAGAUCGGCUGCUCGAUAGCCUACCGCGUGUGUUGUCGGCUAGAGGUUGUGCGUACGUGCUGCUUUGCGCGCAGAACAAGCCGGAAGAAGUCAAAGAGCGAGUCCGUCGUCUUGGAGGCGGGAGCUGGAUGGCCCAGACUGUGGGAUCGAGUGGGAAGCAGGCUGGCUGGGAGAAAUUACAGAUUAUUCGGAUAUGGAGGGACGUGGAAGCCUCUAUCUCCUGAUAGGAAAUAAUAAGUAAAAUUAUAAGGAACGUGUGCGUGACAAUCCAGCUCGACCAGCGGAAGGUAUGAGUAAAGGAAUAGUUGGUUCACGCUUUGCUAUUUUUAUUCACUUGUAUUGGCAUGUUCAUUGGGCGUUGGAUGUGGGUUUACCUCACACAUACAUGUACAUAUAGGGAACACAUUACCGAUGGUAAAGUAA